GUACCUGCCCACGCAGACGCUGGUGCGGUUCAUGGCCGACAUCGCCAGCGGGAUGGACUAUCUCAGCAGCCGGAACUUCAUCCACCGGGACCUGGCCGCCCGCAACUGCAUGCUGAACGAGAACAUGAAUGUCUGCGUGGCCGACUUCGGCCUCUCCAAGAAGAUCUACAACGGCGACUAUUACCGCCAGGGCCGCAUCGCCAAGAUGCCCGUCAAGUGGAUCGCCAUCGAGAGCCUGGCCGACCGCGUCUACACCACCAAGAGCGACGUGUGGUCGUUCGGGGUCACCAUGUGGGAGAUCGCCACGCGGGGGCAGACGCCGUACCCGGGCGUGGAGAACAGCGAGAUCUACGACUACCUGCGCCAGGGCCAUCGCCUCAAGCAGCCCCUCGACUGCCUGGACGGACUGUACCAGCUGAUGAGCAGCUGCUGGGCCCUGCACCCCAAGGCGCGCCCCAGCUUCGAGGAGCUGCACGGGGCGCUGGACAAGACGCUGCGGAGCCUCCCGGCCGCCCAGGGCCCCGACGAGAUCCUCUACGUCAACAUGGAGGACGGGGGGGCAGAGCCGGGCGCCGUGGGGGGGCCGGGCCCCGAGCCGCCGGCCAAGGAGCAGCUGCUGCCAAAGGGGGCCGUGGCGGCCCAGGUGCACCGGGCCGAGGGGGCGGGACGCUACGUCCUGUGCCCCGCCCCCCCCGAGAGCGGCCGGCGGCCAGGUGACCCCCCCGCCUCCCCCGCGCCCUGCGCCGCCUCCGAGGAGGGGGCCUGAGGGGGGGCUGAUCCCCAGGGGGCCCCGAGCCCCGUCUCACUGGCAGGGCUGGGCAGCCUGCUGGGGUGGCCCGGAGACCCCCCCUCUCCCAGCUGCCCCCAUCUCCUGUCUGAGCCCCCGAUCCUGGGCCCCGCCCCCCAUCUCCUGUCUGACCCCCCCCCGAUCCUGGGCC